AUGGACGGCUGGAGAAGGCCGCCACCAAUGCAGAGUAGGGAAAGGAAUGUCAAGAAAUUUUGUGACUUCCAUAAUGAGCACGGCCACCUAACAGAGGACUGCAGAGACCUCAAAGACAACAUUGAGGAUAUGGUCAGAAAUGGGUAUUUUUCACAGUAUAGGGCGAGGCAAGGAAAUGGUAACAACAACUCGAGUACUGGUAGACGAUAUCAGCCACCUAGAAUCGAGCAAAAACAGCCGGAAACCAGUGCCAGAGCAGAACAGAGAGAUGGCGGGAAAAAACCACCUGUAUAUGUAAUUUCUGGCGGUCCGGUCCACGGAGGGACAAUAAGCGGCGCCAGUAGAAGUUUGGAGGAACACAGGCACAUGGUAAACUAUCAUAACACAAGAGUGUGGCGUAACCCACCCAACAUACCAGUGAUGACGUUCUCGGAAUCGGAUUGCAGAGGCAUCAUUUUCCCGCAUGAUGACCCGCUAGUUCUCACAAUCGAUAUAGCAAAUGCCGAUGUGAACAGAGUACUGGUAGACGAUGGCAGCUCAGCAAACAUCAUCUUCUGGGAAGCCUUCAAACAAUUGCACAUACCAGAGGACGAGCUUCAAAGGGUGAACUACCCAGUAAUCGAUUUCUCAGGAUCUACAAUGUACCCAGAGGGUAGCAUACGGCUGCCGGUGAAAAUCGGAGAAGGAUCUGAAAUGCGAGAUCUCAUAGUGGAUUUCCUAAUCAUUAAAGUACCAUCGACCUACAAUGUGAUCAUCGGUCGCCCAUUCAUACAUGACGUGCAGGCGGUAGUCUCCACCUAUCACUUGACAAUGAUAUAUAUGUCGAACCUGAAAAGGCCGGCAAAGAUAAGGGGAAGUCAGUUGGCGGCAAGAUCCUGUUACUUGACUGCUUUGAGAACACCGGGAAGAAUGGUCCCAGAAGUAAACUUGACUACUGAGCCGGCAAGGCAAGAGGUACACUUAACUACUAAGCCGGCAAGACAAGAACAACUGCCAAAAAAGAAGAACUGCGCAAAAAGAGGUCGAACUGACCUGAACAUGGAACACUUUGAUGAGAGGCCGGUAUCAGCACCAAGACCAAUGCCAGAUGGUCUGACAGAAAAUUUCGAGGUGGAGGUUGGAAAUAUGGAUAGAACAGUCGUGAUCGGUACAGAAAUGGGGAGUGACAUGAAGGUCAACCUCAUAAGCUUGCUGAGGGAGCACGCGGACAUCUUCGCAUUCUCGGCGGAUGAGAUGCCUGGUAUCGAUCCAGAGAUAAGGGUCCACCGGUUAAACACCGACAGAAAUGUUAGGCCUGUACGGCAGAAAAAACGUAAUUUCUCCACGGAAAAAAUGGCAGAAAUACAAGAAGAGGUGGAUAAACUGCUGGCGGCAGGUUUUAUUGAGCCAUGUGACUACCCUGAAUGGUUGGCAAAUGUAGUAAUGGUAAAAAAGCCGAGUGGGUCAUGGAGAAUGUGCGUAGAUUUCACCAACCUUAACAGAGCAUGUCCGAAAGAUUUCUACCCACUACCACGGAUUGAUAGGCUGGUAGACUCUACUAGCGGCCAUGCAAUGCUCAGUUUCCUAGAUGCUUUCUCAGGGUAUCAUCAGGUCAGCCUGCAUAAAUCAGACAGGAAGAAGGCGGCUUUUAUCACGGAUGCAGGAGUUUUCUGUUAUAAGGCGAUGCCAUUCGGGUUGAAAAAUGCAGGGGCAAAGUAUCAAAGGCUGGUCGACAAGGUGUUUGCCGACCAAAAAGGCAGAAACGUGGAGGUUUAUGUAGAUGACUCUAUCGUAAAAAGCCGGAAAGAGGAGGAUCAUGUUAACGACCUCCGAGAAACUUUUGAAACUUUGAGAAAAUACAGGAUGAAAUUAAACCCAAAAAAAUGCGUCUUCGGAGUAAGGUCGGGAAAAUUCCUGGGUUUCUUGGUCAGCGAGCGUGGCAUAGACGCUAACCCUGAAAAAGUAGAAGCAAUCAUCAGUCUGCCGCAACCCAAAAGCGUAAAAGACAUACAGCGGUUGACAGGAAAAAUGGCCGCCUUAAACAGAUUUGUGAGCAAGUCGGCAGAUAAGCAAAUGCCCUUCUUCACAACCUUGAGGCAAAACAAGAAAUUCAAAUGGGGGCCGGCAGAACAAGAGGCUUUUGAAGCUCUAAAAAGUCACCUAAAGAACCUGCCAACAAUAGCAAGGGCAAAAGAGGGCGGAAAAUUACAAUUGUACAUAUCGGCAUCGCCAAAAACAGUUGCAGCAGUACUGGUAGCCGAAACAGAAAACAAAGGGCAGCAGCCAGUAUAUUUUGUGAGCCAUGUGCUAAACGGCCCAGAAACAAGAUACGCGUUGGUGGAAAAAAUGGCAUAUGCAGUCCUCAUCGCGGCUAGAAAGUUAAGACCAUACUUUGAUGCGCAUACAAUCGAAGUGCUAACAAACUUUCCUCUCGAAAAAGUCAUCAGCAAGCUAGAUACAUCAGGCCGGCUGCUAAAAUGGGCAAUAGAGUUGUCCGAGUUUGACUUGGAAUUCCGGCCAAGAACUGCAAUCAAAGCCCAGGCAUUGGCGGACUUCAUAGUUGAAGCGUCAUACCAAGAAGAUGAAGUACAAGCUGAAGUAUGGGAUGUGUCAAUGGAUGGUUCAGCUGCACAGACAGGCAGUGGAGCUGGAAUAAUCAUGAAAUCGCCAACAGGAGACAUUUUUGAGUAUGCUAUAAAGUUUAUGUUCAACGCGUCAAAUAACGAGGCAGAAUACGAGGCAGCAAUUGCCGGCAUCCAAAUGUGCCUCGCAGCAGAUGCCAAAAGAGUAACACUGACAACAGACUCCCAGCUGGUAGCAAGUCAAUUCAGCGGAGAGUAUGAGGCCAAAGAACCUUUAAUGGUCAAAUACCUGGAGAAGUUGAGGUCAAUGUCGGCUCAGCUAGAGAAAUUCGGCAUUAAUCUGGUACCCCGAGCAGAAAAUAUGCUGGCAGAUGCACUAUCAAAGUUAGCAAGUUCAAAUGUCGCCGACUUGAAAAGAACAGUCAUGAUGGAAGUCAUGAAUAAGCGAAGUACGGAGUCGGAGGAAAUACGGGUCAUGGCCAUCACAACUACCUCAGAAUGGUACGAUAAUAUCCAAACAUACAUACAGACUGGAGCCCUACCAGUAGAUUUGGCAGAAGCCAAAAAGACAAAAAGGGACGCGGUUUGGUACAUCAUCCUGUGGGGACGGUUGUACAAAAAGUCAUUUAGCCUGCCGUUCUUAAGGUGCCUGACAGCAUUCGAGUCAGCAAGGCUGAUCGAAGAGAUGCACGAAGGGACAUGUGGGAACCAUGCCGGUGGAAAACCCCUUGCCAUCAUCUGUCAAAGGCAAGGCUAUUACUGGCCAACAAUGUUAGAAGAUUGUCGAGCAGAUGUAAAAAAGUGCGAGAAAUGUCAAAAGUUUUCAGCUGUGAUAAACUUGCCAGCCAAUGAUUUGAUGCCCAUUCUGAACCCAAUCCCAUUCGCACAAUAG